AUAGUAUACUCCCUCCAUUUCAUUGACACACUUUCCAUAUUUCCUUUCUUCAUUUUAUGUGACACAUUUUUUUUUAUCUAUCCUAAAAAAUAUUAAUUUUUCUUAUUUGAUAAUUAUUUAAAGUCAUGAAUAAUUUCGAUCCGACCCGACUCCAUUUUGUGAAGAACCUUCUACCUCUGUAAUGAGUUCCGGUCAGUCAGAAAUUCAGCAAUCCAUGUGACCCCGCAUGCUAAACGCCGCCGCCGCCACCACCAUCGCCGCCGUCUCAUAUGUACCAAACCAAACCCUUGCCCCAUUUUUCGCCGGAACCCUAAUUACUCUCCCCAACAUUCUCUCUCUAUCUCCUUCAGCUCCCAUAUAAUGCUUCUCUUUUACAGAAACCUAAGACAUACCCGAAAAUUAGUCGAAAUUCAUCGAUUUCGGAACAGUUCUGGGUCGUGUAAUUUAUUCAACUCCAAAGGAAUUUACUCGUCUUCUAGAAACUUCUGUUCUGGAGGAAAGUCCCAGAACACCGAUGAAUGGACUGAAGACGUACAAUAUCUGGAUGAAUCAGGGCAUAUAAUUUACUCCGGUAAAGGAAUACGGUCAGUUGAACCGGGUCUCGAUGAUCAUAUAAUGGUAGGUGGAUUGAAGAAGCCGAUAUUGAAUGCAUCAGCAGUAGCAAAACUUGUGGAAAUAGUGAAGAGAUGGAAAUGGGGCCCAGAUAUGGAGACCCAAUUAGAUAAGUUACAAUUUAUACCUAAUAUGACUCAUAUUAUGCAAGCAUUAAAAGUUAUGGAAGAUAGUGAUGCUUCAUUAAGCUUGUUUAGGUGGGCUAAGAGGCAACCAUGGUAUAAACCAAGUGAUGUUUGUUAUAUUACAUUGUUUGAUAAAUUGAAUCAAAGUAGAGAUUUUGAUGGAAUUCAAUCGGUUUUCGAUGAUAUGGUUCUUGAUUCGGGGGAAAAUGGGGCGUCAUUGUUUAAUGCGUAUAAUCGUGUUAUUCAGUACUUAGCUAAGGCAGAGAAGUUUGAGGUUGCAUUUUGUUGUUUCAAGAAAAUUCAGGAGUCUGGUUGUAUAGUUGAUUCCGGGACGUAUAAUUCACUUAUUACUGUGUUUUUGAAUAAUGGGUUGCCGUAUAAGGCAUUUGAGAUAUAUGAGAAUAUGGAGAAAGCUGGGUGUUCGUUAGAUGCAUCGAGUUAUGAGUUGAUGAUCCCGAGUUUAGCUAAGUCAGGACGACUUGAUGCAGCGUUUAAGUUGUUCCAACAGAUGAAGGUGAAUAAUUUUAGGCCGGGUUUUGGGAUAUUUGCGGCGUUGGUUGAUUCAAUGGGUAAAGCUGGGAGGUUGGAUACAUCACUGAAGGUAUAUACUGAAAUGCAGGGUUUUGGGCUCAGGCCAUCUGCUACUAUGUUCGUAUCAUUGAUUGAGUCUUUUGUGAAGGCUGGAAAACUAGAUACUGCUCUAAGGAUGUGGGAUGAAAUGAAAAAAUCAGGGUUUAGACCGAACUACGGGCUGUAUACCAUGAUUGUUGAGUCCCAUGCGAAAUCUGGGAAGCUUGAUAUUGCAAUGUCUGUCUUCUCAGAUAUGGAAAAGGCGGGAUUUUUGCCCACUCCGUCAACGUAUGCUUCUCUCCUGGAGAUGCAUUCUGCUUCUGGUAAUGUAGAUGCUGCAAUGAAGCUUUAUAACUCAAUGACAAAUGCAGGUUUGAGACCAGGAUUGAGUACUUAUACAGCCUUGCUAACCCUUCUUGCCAAAAAAAAGCUUUUGGACGUUUCUGCAAAGAUUUUACUGGAAAUGAAGGCCAUGGGAUAUUCAGUUGAUGUGAAUGCUAGUGAUGUUCUGAUGGUUUACAUUAAAGAUGGUUCUGUUGAUCUUGCUUUAAGGUGGCUACGGUUUAUGGGUUCAUCAGCCAUAAGGACAAAUAAUUUCAUUAUCCGGCAGCUUUUUGAAUCAUGCAUGAAGAGCGGAUUGUACGAGCAAUCCAAGCCUCUCCUUGAAACAUAUGUGAACUCUGCUGCCAAAGUUGACCUCAUUCUUUACACUUCAAUUUUAGCCCAUUUAGUAAGAUGCCAAGAUGAGAACAAUGAGAGACAUUUAAUGUCAAUCUUGAGUGCUACAAGACAUAAGGCUCACGCGUUCAUGUGUGGGCUCUUUACUGGGCCAGAGCAGAGGAAACAGUCAGUUUUGUCUUUUGUGAGGGAAUUCUUUCAAGGCAUAGAUUAUGAGCUGGAAGAAGGAGCUUCAAGGUAUUUUGUUAAUGUUCUCCUUAACUAUCUUGUUCUCAUGGGACAAAUAAAUCGUGCUCGUUGUGUAUGGAAAGUUGCCUAUGAAAACAAGCUUUUCCCCAAGGCUAUAGUGUUUGAUCAACAUAUUGCCUGGUCCCUUGAUGUUAGAAACUUGUCAGUGGGAGCAGCUCUCAUAGCAGUGUUACAUACGCUUCAUAGGUUUAGGAAACGGAUGUUGUAUUAUGGUGUUGUUCCGAGGCGGAUCAAAUUGGUGACUGGACCAACUUUGAAAAUUGUGGUGGCACAGAUGUUAAGCUCAGUGGAAUCGCCCUUCGAGGUUAGUAAGGUUGUUUUGAGGGCUCCAGGAGAUGCGGUCAUGGAUUGGUUUAAGAAACCAAUUGUUCAACAAUUUCUCUUGAAUGAGAUUCCAUCAAGGGCUGAUAUUUUAAUGCAUAAACUCAACAUACUUUUUCCAUCAUCUGCACCUGAAAUUAGGUCUCUGUCCCCUCCUAAACCUCUUGUUGCUGGAAAAGCACUAUAGUUGUUUCCUAUGUGUAAAAUGGCAUAGCUAGAGAUUUGGUUUCACUUUUGCUGGUGCAGGAGAUACUAUUUUUAUGUAUCAAAGUUAUUAUGUCUUUUAAUGGAUUGGAAUCUGAGUCCAUUAAGAUAAAUAUUGCAUACAAAA